AUAAAAUUUUUACAUGCAAUACAAUUGAAAUUAUAAAUAUGUCAAAUAUCUAUUUAUUAAAUAUUAAAAUUAAUUUAAAUUUAUUAGUAAUAAAAGUUUAUGUAAUUAUAAUUUAAAUUAUAAUUGUAUGUUAAAUGUGAAUAUCUUUAAAAUGAAUUUUUAUUUUUAAAAGAAUAUUCCUUACAUAGUGAUUACAAGAGAUUUAUAAAUGUGUUUGUUAUUCCAUAUAAAAUGGUGGAGCCGGAUUAACUCUCAUUUUACAUCGUUGCAUACGUAGUUGGUCAUUCGAUAUUUAAACGUUACAAAGAUGACUACAAGAUUUUGCGGAAUCAAAUUAGGACCUUCAAUAGAAGUUUUUGCAAUUCAUAAAGCUUUUUUAGAAGAUACUCACGAAAAAAAAGUGAAUUUAUCUAUAGGAGCUUAUCGAACAAGUGAAGGAAAACCAUGGGUAUUACCAGUUAUACGGAAAGUAGAAAAAUCAUUAGCUGCAGAUGAUUUACAAAAUCAUGAAUAUCUCCCUGUUUUGGGAUUAGAUGCUUUUUCUCAAGCAGCAACAAGACUUUUGUUGGGUACAGAUUCUCCUAUCAUUGCCCAAGGUCAUGCUUUUGGCAUUCAAACAUUAUCUGGCACUGGUGCAUUGCGUGUUGCAGCUGAAUUUUUAAAUCGUAUUUUACACUAUGAUGUUUUUUAUUAUAGCAAACCUACUUGGGAAAAUCAUAAACUUGUGUUUUUAAAUGGAGGAUUUAAAAGAGCUUGUGAAUAUAGAUAUUGGAAUCCAGAAACAUGUUCUCUUCAUAUAGAAGGAAUGCUUAAAGAUCUUAGAGAUGCUCCAAAGAAUGCUGUAAUUAUUUUCCAUACAUGUGCACAUAAUCCUACUGGAUGUGAUCCAACUCCUGAACAGUGGGAGAAAAUAGCAGAUAUAGUGGAAGAAAAUUAUCUUUUUCCAGUUUUUGAUACUGCAUAUCAAGGUUUUGCAAGUGGUAAUAUAGAUAAAGAUGCUUAUGUAGUAAGAAGAUUUGCUGAACGUGGAAUAGAAUUUAUGUGUACUCAAAGCUUUUCUAAAAAUUUUGGUUUAUACAAUGAAAGAGUUGGAAAUUUGAUAGUUGUUAUGUCUGAUACAAGAGAAUUAGCUCAAGUUAAAUCACAGUUAACUUUAAUUGUUCGAGGAAUGUAUAGUAAUCCACCAAAUCAUGGAGCAAGAUUAGUUGCAACUGUUUUACAGAAUCCAGAUCUCUUCAAACAAUGGAAAAGUCAUAUGAUUACAAUGUCUACUAGAAUAAAAGAAAUGCGAAUGAGUUUAUAUGAAAAAUUGGUUCAAAAAGGAACUCCAGGUGUUUGGGAUCAUAUUACUAAACAAAUAGGAAUGUUUUGUUAUACAGGUCUAACUGAAAGACAAGUUGAAUGUUUAAUCAAUAAUUAUCACAUCUAUAUGUUACGAAGUGGUAGAAUAAAUAUAUGUGGACUUAAUGAAAAUAAUGUAGAUUAUGUAGCAAAUGCAAUUUAUGAAACCAUUCUACUAUAUCCACAAAAUCAGCAAAGUUGUACAUGUUAAAAAAUGAAUCAGAUUUCAUAUGGUAAUAAGUAUAAAUUGUCAUUAAAAUUUUAGUGUUGAGCAAUUGUUAAAGUAUAAGAAUAUUUUAUAUGCAUUGAAGUUAUGUUAUAAUCAUAAAAAUUAAUAUUAUAUAGCUAUUUUUGUUAUUUUAGUUAAAAUUCUCAAUUAAUUAUUGGGAUAUUUAUCUAAGAUAUUUGUUUCUUUUCUAAAAAAAUUCUUAAUAUUUCUUAAAAAAAUUUUCAAAUUAAAUUCUCUAUUUCGUACAUAAUUUAAAGAAUUUUGUUAGAAAUCGCCUUGUCUCUAAAAGUACAAAAUAUCAACAAAGUAUUAUGAAAAUGCCAAAUUUUAAUACAUAUGUAAUCGCUUAUUAUUAAAGUGAUUUUUAUUAAGCUUAAUAGUUUGUAGGAAAAUAUUCAGAAAUAAUAAAAAUUCAUUGUGUAAAGUUUUACUUUAAAAUAAUAUUGUCUUAUAAUCAAUAUAAACAGUUAAAAAUUUUCAAAAGUCUCUAUUUUUCUAUUAUUUAGAAAAAAUUGUUAAAUCAUAUACAUUAUACAAAGUUUGAAAUUAUCAUAUAUCAUAUAUUCUUGUAAAUAAUUUCAGAAUUAUAUAUAUACAUAUAUAUAUAUCAGUGAUAUUAUUAAUGAAUGAGACCAAGUUUUUAAAACUAUUCUAAAUAACUAUUCUUGUUAUAUAUAAAAAUAGAAAUAUUUUUUGUAUACUUUCAAAAAAAUAUUUUUUAAAUAGAAUUUUUCUAUCGACAAAUAUGUUUUAUAAAAUGUUAUCUUUAUAUAAAUAUUUUAUAUUCGAUAUUAUAUUUUUAACAAUCAAUUAAUAUAUAUAUAUAUAUAUAAAUACACUUUAUUAACAAAAAUCAAUGACUGAAGAAAAAUUAUAAUCAAAAAUAACAAUAGAGCUUUAAUAAUAUUUUAAUAAUAAGCGAUAUAUUUAUGAGAAUUAUAUAAAAUUUGAAAUCAUUGUUCCUAUUUACUACUUUGUUCUGAAUAAAAUAAUUGUUAUCGUUUUCCAUAAUAUACAAAAAAAAUUGAUAUUGCAAUUUUUUGUAUUUAUAGAAUUGAAAUCAGUUAUAUAUAUUAAUAUAUCUUAUAAUUAAUAUUAAAACGUUUCAUUUUCAAUAAAUAAAAAACAAAAGAAUAUUCUAGAAAACAUGUAUAACUUUCGUUUAAUAUAGAUAUAAUCUAUUAUGCUAUAUUAAAAAUAGAAUAAAUUUUUUUCCCCCUAAAUGCUUCCAACAAUUUAUAAAUUAUGAAAUAAAGGAUACAAAUGUCAAACAAAAUCAUAUCAACUUAUAUAUAAUAAUAAUUAUGUUUUAUAAUCAUUUUUUUAAAAGUAUUAUAUGUGAAAAAUAUAAUUAGAUAUUGAAUUUUUUUAAAUUUUAUAUAUAUAAUAUAAUACUAGUUAUAUAUUAUAUAUACUAGUAAUAUUUAUAUAUCAAUAUUAAAAUUAAUUAUAUAUCAAUAAUAAAAUCAUAUAUAUUUUUAACAUUUACAAAAUAUUUAAUAAAUAAUAUAUAUAUGUUAUAUGCAUAUAUAUAUUUUUAGUAUUAUUAUGUAAUUCAAUUAAUUUAAAAGAAUAUUUCUUGUUCAAAAAUCUGGACCAAAUUCAGGAAAUUCAUCUUUAUAAAAAUUAUAAAAAGAUAUACUAAAAUUAACAUAAUUGUAAUAAUUAUUCAUUGUAAGUAAAAUGUAAAAAUAUAUAUAAGAUAUAAAUAGUAUUUAUAUCUUAAAUCUAUUAUGCUAUUCUUUAUAAAAAUAUAUGUACAUAACAUUCAUUGUAACAUUUAUUAUUAUUAAUAUUACAUAAUAUUAUUGUGUUAAACAA